AUGUCGCAAAUUUUACAGCCUGAUCAUACUGAAGCCCAAGACCUUCAAACAACCAACCCGAGGCCUGAGUAUCCUCUGUAUUCUCAAACAGACAUGUCUGGGCAAUCUCGCGGUACCCAAGCUCCUUUCGCCAAUGAUCCUUAUUCUAAUCUCCCAGCCAUCGGGAUUGGCAUGACCGGGAUUGUUCUUGACAUGGGAGAAGGCCGUGUUGUUAAGAAAGCUAAAAAAUAUCAAACGGGGCAAUUCAAAGACCCUGGUGAUAUGGAAUAUAUAAACAAAAUCAAUCAGCAAGCUCUGGAAAAUGAGAUCCAGGUCUUUCAACGCCUGGGAAGCCAUAAAGGGAUCAUUCCAUACUUUCAAACGUCCGAGUACGGAAUUGAGCUAGCCCGUGCACAAGAAGAUCUUGAGUCCUAUCUUGCAACGCAUCCGGAGCGCAAGGAUUGCAUGAAAAUAGAUUGGAUCUUGAGUCUUAUUGAGACCUUCGCUUAUAUCCACUCCCACAGGGUAUUUGUGGACGACAUUGCCCUUCGCAAUAUCUUAGUCCUGGAUGAGCAGCUCAAACUGGCCGAUUUUGGACAGUCCAUAUUAUUACCAAUGGAUACUGACAUGGCGUCUGCAAAUGAUAACGGCUUGGAUGUUUGGAUUGAGAUACUUCAUCUUGGUUGGAUCCUCUACUCGAUUGCAUCCUGGAAUAUCCACAAGUACUACUUCUUCGGCCCUGAGAACCCUGAUUGCUGUUGGCCGGAACCAGACUCAUUCCCAGAUGUUGAUGGUAUUCUAUUCGGCAAGAUAAUCGAAAAGUGUUGGCGUGGCGAAUAUGCGUUUAAGUUUGCGACUUCUAUAUACUCGAGCGAAGAAAAGAAGACUCAGAACCGACAACCCAAGCUGGAUGCAUGCCAUUUCCACGCCCACCACGCCCACUCCACUAUGCAGAUCCGAUCAACCCUGUGGAACCCAUCUCUCUUCCUUUAUCUCCUUUCUGCUCAGGCCGCGUGGGUGAGGAAGUUCCAUUGUGCUUCGUCGCAGCCAACAGAUCCGGCAGAGAAGGCCUUCCGCAUCGAUAGUCUCCAUGGCUCAUUCGACACCGUUGAUAGCCCGACCCGAUUCAUUCUAUCUAUACUGGGAGUUCACAAUGUCUCGAAAUUUACGUGUAAUGACCUCGACUUAACGGGGAUCGGGGAUUCUGCUCAGCUUCAUGUGCUCGGUCACCCAGUUGGCUCCGUAGAGUAUAUUAGGAGUGAAUGUCCGCUGCCCAUCACGGAUACUCUGACACCACCUGAAGGGCUCUUAUUCUCCAACUUUGAGAUCGGCUACUCCUUCAGCCAUACUCAUCGGCUCCAGACCCUGGAGACGGAGAUCAGCUUUCCAUCACAGAACGGUGUGGAACUCGAUUGCGCCGCUGUCAAGAUAACCCCAGACAUCGGCAAAGCAGCCUCUGCCGCUUUUACGUUUAUCCCUCUCGCUGUGAUGGCCAUCGUUGGUCUGGCUUCGUGGUACAGGCGAGUCCACGCAUCUGAGAGUGACUCGUUAAUUGAGCAUCAGAAUCCCCAUGCUCUGCGCAUCUGGGCAGCCAUUCUCGACGUCUCGGAUUACAUUCGAUACCUGCAGUUUAUAUUACUAGCUGGCUCACUUACCAUGGAAUAUCCAGGGUUCUAUCAACCCGUGGCAAGCCAGGUGGCCUGGUCCUCGCUUUUAUACUGGAGCGGUCCGAUCGACCAUGGAUUCACAUACAAGGGAGUUGAAGACGGCAUGUAUGUCAGCAACGGAUCUUACGGACUAGAGUAUAUGUCGCAGAUGCUUGGAUUUCCUCAAAUGCCUGACAUUAUGUUUGACGCAUUCAUAAACCUGUUUCUUCUGCUGUCCGGGUUGGCCGUCGUUCUUAUGGCUCUCUAUCUGGGCACGUUCGGACCGAGUCAGAAGCUGCCGUUUGGUUUGACUUUUCGCAAUGGGGGUUAUAUAAUUAUUGGGUUGGUGCUGUCUUUUUACAGCUUUCCUUUAUUAUCAUUCAUGUCCUACGAGUUGAUUCUCAUUGGAUAUCUUCCGAACUACCGAGUCGUCCUCGUCGGGCUCGGGAUGGUCCUCAUCCUUCUUGCGAAUUAUCUCAUCACACGCUAUUUCGACCAACUCCAGGAAGUAGAAGUUAGCUCACAGUGGACUCAUGAUCAAUCCAGUGUUUCACGGGAGAUCUUCAGAGCUAUCUCGCACUAUCUUCCGCACGCCAUACCUUUAAUACAAGGCAUCAUAAUUGGUGGCCUACAAGACUACAGUUUGACACAGAUCUUAGUCUUGGGUUGUUGCGAAGUGAUAUUCCUCGUCCACUCAGCACUUCAACAGCGUUUAGAGAUCCUCACGUCAAGAAAUGCCUGGUGUGCCGGUACCCGGCUCCUCACACUAUGCUUGAGCACUUCAUUUACCACGUCCCUAAAUGAGACGGGCCGACAAUGGAUUGGAUAUCUCAUGUUGUGUCUUCAUGGUGCAGUGAUUUUGACCUAUUGUCUGCUCUCUAGUUGGCACCUAUGGCGGACAUCUCGGAAGGGCAAGUUGUUUUCGGGGCGCGGGGCUUCACCGUCUCUUUCCCUGACUGACCUUGACCCAAUUCGCUUAAGAGCCAACGAUAGAUCUACGUUGGACAGCAACUCUUUAACUUGCCCGAAGAGUAGCUCGGGGAGUUUCACAGACCACGCUCGUCCCGGAUCGUCCGGGACAUCAUCGUAUCGAGGCAUUGAGAUCAGAAUCGGUUUCAACAACUACUCCACUCACAGAGCGCCCCUGACCUCAACACCGGCAAACAUAGAACACGGCCCAACAGACUCUACGGAGUUCUAUCGAGCCCCACGAGCACGGAUUGAUCAUCAAUACUUGUACACCGAGUCCGGAGACAGUUCAACUCCCGAUAACAUCGGUGCGGCUGCGGAAGCCCCUAGCGCUGAACCAACACCCGAGCUGAAACCAACAAACCGCAUGUCCCAAAAUACCCUCGACGAGUGGUUAAAUGUCCCAGAACGCGUGGAUAUCGAUUAUUCUGUUCGAGAGUCCGAUCAGUAUUACGGCAGAAUGAACAUUAGCGAUACGGUGUCGGAAUCCUCUUCGACCGUGGGAUUAACAAGAGAAGUCGGUAGUGAAGCAUCCAGAAAGGAUACCGUUAAGGACUGGACACAGAGGGCUUCGAGACGUUUAAAGCCACCCAAGAAGCCAAAGGAAAAGGGAUUUCAAGUCGUCAGGCCGAAAAGGCCACCGGGCCCCCCUACGCACCCUUGA